AUGGGAAAAAUCAAACAACCAAAAACAACAGGUAAAACGGUCAGUGGCAAUUUCACUAAUCGAGAAGACCUAAAAAAUCGUUUCUUUUCUGAAACCAGCACUCAUGAGGACAUUGACGCCUUGGCUAAUUUUUUUAAUGGUUUAGCCAAAGUAGACGACGACAUUAACGAAAUAAAACUGGCGGCCAAUGAAACAACAUUCAACCAAAAGAAACAGGCACUAACUAGCAAGAUACAGCAACUUUUAAGUAAAUGUCGCGUUACUUCUGCUACUUCGGUAGCGG